GCAUUUUCCCGCCAAAAUUCAUGAUAGACCAUUAAAUUUUCUAUUCUGAUUUCUGAAUUCAAAAAACUUCAAUCAAAUCAAAGUUACUCUAAAUAUUCGAUUUAUCAACAAAUAAUAAUUUAAUUUUUCGUUAUUUUAUUAUCGGAUUAUUCUUAAAUAUUACUAUUUUAAUGAUACUCAAUAUAAUAACAAUAAGUAAACUUUGUUUAAAAAAAUGCCCAGUGUUUCAGCGUUGACUCUUUAGCUGAAAAUUUCUUAAGACUUAAUAAUUAAAAUAACUUAAAACAUGAAAAUUGACAGCAAACCCCUGCGAUAUGCUCAUGCUGAAGGUCAUACAGAUGUGUGCUACACAGAGGAUGGAAAGCACAUAAUAACAUGUGGCCACGACGGAGACGUGAGAAUAUGGCUGGAUAUAGAAGACGAUGAUCCGAAUUCGCACUGCGUUGGUGAGAAUGCGCUUGCAGUGUGUUUCAAAGACAACCGGCUGUUUGUGGCUACUGACAACCAUGCAGUGCAAGCUUAUACCUUUCCAGCAUUUGAUAAAGAUGGAAUUAUAUCUAGGUUCACUGCACCAGUCACGCAGAUUAUGUCUAAACCAAAAAUUGAGGUAUUAGGAUGUACAUCAGAAAACAUGGAAGCAAAGAUCUGCAGUCUGGAAGGGGGUGCACCAUUGUUUGUGAUGUCAGACCACAAGGGGCCUGUACUGAGUGUGGCAAUAUGCCCGCACAUGAAGUAUGCAUGCACAGCUUCAGGAGAUGGUGCUCUGAGGAUCUGGGAUAUAGACACACAAAAAGUUGUGAAAGAGGUGUCAUGUGUUCCAAAGAUUAACACAUUUUUUGCUGCCAAAGUGUUAUGUCGCAUGGAUUUUGAGCCAUCUGAAGGAAAAUAUUUAGCCUACCCCCAUAAUAGAGAAAUUAUUAUUCUGGACAGUGAAAGUUGGAGUCAACGAAUGACAUUCACACACAAUACAAUAAAAUGUGCCAUAUCCCAAUGUCUGUUCUCACCAUGUGGGCAGUAUUUAGCCGGAAGCACAGUGGCUGGUCAAAUAGCAGUGUGGGAGGUGGAUUCUGGGACUUGUAUAGGAAUUAUUGAACACCCAACUUCACAUAAGGUAUCUGCUAUGGCUUGGAAUCCUAAAGGUAAUGGCAUGCUUGUUUAUUGCGAUGUAGCUGGUCAAUUGGGCAUGUUGGUGAACUGUUACGGCAAGGACAGUAAAGGGGCAGAUGAAGAUGAUAUUGAAAUGGUUGAAAGAGCUGAGGGUGAUGACGACGAAAUAUUGGACAAUCUGAUUGAGAACUACGAAAGUGAUGAUGACAACGCAAUAUCUUUGGAGAAGAUAAAAAACGAAACCCUCGGUAUAACCGACAAAGGCGACUCGCGACCAGUAUCGGUGGUCCCGCCGCCAGCGCUCGCCACUGUGCCGCCGCAAGCACCCUUCCAACCCUCUGCUACCCCCAUACACUUAGAACAUAGAUACAUGUGUUGGAAUGACGUCGGCAUCGUGCGUUGUCACACCGGAGAGAACGGAGAGUCGAGUAUAGAUGUAGAGUUCCAUGACUCUGGCGUCCACCACGGCAUCCACCUCAACAACUACCUCAACCACACCAUGGCGAGCCUGUCCUCUCAUGUCUUGGCUCUUGCCUGCGAGACGCCGAGUAAACUGGUGUGCAUAUCGUUAGUGGGCAGUAGCAAGGAAUGGAGCGUGUCUAUGCCUGACACUGAGGAGAUCCUUUGCGUGGUCGCCACCAGCGGCUUGGUCGCUUGUGCCACCAACGCCAGGCUGCUCAGGCUCUUCACUCCGUGUGGAACCCAGAGACAGGUGAUAUCAUUAGCCGGUCCCGUCGUAGCUUUGGCGGGAUUCAACACAACAGUGAUUGCCACCUACCACCACACAGACCCCGGCCUCUCAGACCAACAUCUUGCCAUGGAUAUUGUCGCUCUUAAUGGUCGUCAAGUUCGAAGCAAAACAGUCCUUCUGCCCUUAACGCCAGGGUCCAAAUUGUCUUGGCUCGGCACCACAGACGUAGGCUCACCGUGCGCAUACGACAACACCGGCGUACUGAGACUCUAUGACGUCGCCAGCGGCGUGUGGAUGCCGAUAUGCGACUCCACCACACAUUCGAAAGGAGCUUCGGACUCUUGGUUCAUAGUUUCGAUAAGUGAGUCAACACAGAAGGUGCGAGCUAUACUUUGCCGAGGGACAUCUUUCCCUCUAACUGUGCCUAAGCCUAUAGUCGCUGAACUGUCUAUACAGAUUCCCCUAUGUGAACUGGACACAGAGAAGGGUCAAUAUGAAGAGCAGUUAGUGCGGUGGGCUCACACUACAUCAGAAGUUGAUGUGAAGACAGCCAGAGAAACUGCCCUUAAACUAUUUGCUCUCGCUUGUCGAAGUGAAAUCGAACAAAGAGCACUAGAACUAAUGGAGCUUCUGAAAGACGACCGCUUGCUCCCACUUGCGGCCAAAUACGCGUCGCGAUUGGGCCGAAUGCAUUUGGCCGACAAAUUGUCGAAUUUGGCCGAAACUUGGGAGAGAGACGCCGACAAAUUCAACGUGGCCCAAAACUCUCACUUCCAAGAGCUGGAAACUCAGGAAACUUAUGACGUAACUAACACAGAACAGGACCUGAACGCAAGUCUGAUUAUACCACAGAAAACGGUUAAGAAGAGAAUUGAAAGUGACACUCCCAUUAAACCAGUCCCAAUAAAAUCAUCGCCCGGCGGCGCGCGAAACCCUUUCAGAAAACAACAGGAUACAGCAAAGGUAGUUCAGAGCCCUCUGACAUUGACCGAGAGAACUCUUGUGGAGGUGCACGCUACUGAAGAACAGACAGAAAAUAACGAUCCUUUACAACCAACCGAAGGAGAAACAUUCGUGGACUGGUUUUCACGUAACAAACCAACAUUGGAAAAGGAAAAUCCCACCCUUACCCCCUCAGAGUUAACUCGACAUUGUGUGAGGACAUUCAAAGGGUUGCAGACUAAAAAUACAGACAACGGCCUAAAACGGAAGCUCAAUGACAGUACUGAGGAGACUCCAGUUACAAAUGCAUCAAAACAGUCGAAACUUAGUGCUUUUGCAUUCUCAAAGAAGACUUAAAUUAGUGUAUCAAAUAGGAGGAAUAAUUCAGGUAUUUAUUUUUUUUAUACUAGAGGACCCCGUCAAGCUUAGCUUUGACUUAUGUGUAUUUCUUCCCUAUCCCUAUUAUACUGCUGCCCUACCAUUUUUUUUAAUUUUCUUUCUGUUCUGUUUCUGUCAAAGUAUAUUCUAAAAAAAUAAUUACCAAAAUUGGUUCAGUUGCUCUCAAGAUUUGCGCUUAGCAACACAUUUACCGAAUCCAUUUUAUGUAUUAGAUUUGCUAGCAGCUAUACCACCCACAAAUUUGUUCUUAGUAUUUCAGUUAAAAAAUCUUAUUCCAGUGAAGCUAUCAUUGGUAUAAGCCAGAAUUAAAUUGAAUACUCCCAACAGUUAAAAUUUAAUGCCUUUGCUUUCUCAAAAAAUACUAAAACAAGUGAUUAGGAGUAAGACUGAGUGAGUAUUUAGGUAUUUAUACCUUUUAUAUUUCUUAUACUAGCAGACACACGCGAUUUUGUUUUGUUCCGCGAUCAGUCAAAAAAUCUUGAAGAUAGUGAAGCUAAUACUCUUCUUGGGUAGUGUGACAAAAGACACUUAGUCGGAGGAAAAGGGUUACAAGACAUAAUGUAAUGUAAUGAUAUAUAAACAAAAAAUAUUAUGUGUUAUUCUGGUGUCUAAUUAUAAAAAUGUCAUCAAAAUUCGUUCAAUAUUUUUUGCCGGAAAGUAUAAUAUUCAUUUAACAAAUGUCCAUAUUUUAAUAAUAUUAGUAAAAAUUUUUCAACAAACCAUAUUCGAAAUCAAAAUAACAAUAAUACAAUAAAAUGGACUUGAAUGAGACAUGAGGAUUAUUGUUAUUAGUUUAUAAUGUUUUGCAAACAUUCAUUUGUUUUAAAACAUACAAUACAAUUUUGUUUCUGUACUCAGUGUUUAUAAACAAUUGAUUGUUUGUCUGUGAAAUAAAAAAACAAUAUUACCCUCAUUGAAAACAUAUAUUUUCGUGUUAAAUUGUAGUUCAUUAAUAUUUUACUGUGAAUAGAAUAAAUAAUUCAAUGUAUUUAUUUUAUUGAUAAAGAUUCAUUGUAUGUAUGUAUAUUAUAUUUACGGUAUUUUGUAAUUGACUGCAGGACAGAUUGUAAUUUAAGUAUUACUAAAUAAGAAAUUGAGAUAUUUUUGAACAAUUAUAUAAAUAUUGACAAAUACAAUUUUUCAAACAAA